AUGUGUGCAGCUCGCCAAUAUGCAGGCGAUGGAGAUGCCAGUAAUAGAAUAGAUGAUGGCUCUUUCGAUUUUCUUAAUGAUUGUUGUAGAAUAGGGGAUGAGUGGUACGUUGUUGGUAAUGCUGAUAGGUGGUAUGUUGGUGCUGAGGGCCGAAAGAAGUUUGGAGGAUGGGUAAACGGUGGUGUAUCGCCGAAUGGUCUCUACUUCGUGGGUGAUAUCUUAGCUGUAAUCUCUUUGGAGCGUGUUUGGGACUCUGGUCUCGGAAUUAUUUGUUGA